ACACUCCUCAGAGACUGAAAGCAAACCAUCAUACUUGCAAAGAAUAAUACCUUUCUUCCAUCACCUACAACUUUGCUCAGCCUCCUUAUAAAUAGGAACAUUAGUGUAACUUCUCUUUUCGCACAGCCUCUGAUUCAGAAGAAAUCCCGGUUCAAGAAAGCAAACAACAACAUGACAGGAGAGAACCAGUCCUCAACCAGUUCUUCCAAUACCACAACAAAGAAAAACGUGGGAGACAAGACCUUCCAAGGGGUUGGUAACCUUAUCAAGGUCCUCCCUAGUGGGACUGUUUUCCUCUUCCAAUUCCUCAAUCCUCUCCUCACCAACAAAGGCAGCUGCCACACUGCAAAUAAGUAUCUAGCUGGUGCUCUCCUGAUCAUAUGUGGUCUCUCUUGUUUCUUUGCUUCCUUCACUGAUAGCCACGUCGGGAGCAACGGAAAGAUUUACUAUGGAGUGGCGACGAUGAAUGGACUGCACACCUUUUCCGACCCGGACUCGAGCAAGAAGAACCUCUCCAAGUACAAAUUACGCUUUUCAGAUUUUGUGCAUGCGUUCCUUGCACUGAUUAUAUUUGCAGUCAUCGCUCUCCUCAACUCGAACACCAUCAAAUGCUUCUAUCCUUCUUUCGAGUCUACUGAGAAGAAACUGAUGAUGGCCUUGCCUGUGGUGGUAGGAGGCAUAUCAAGCUUUGUCUUCAUGGUGUUUCCCAGCACUCGACAUGGCGUCGGGUACCCUCCUACACAGACCAAAGAUGACUCUUCUGAGUAGUAUGCAAUAUAGGAUGGUCCAUGUGGUAUAAUAUGUAUUCACUUAAUUUAAGGUAUGGGAGAGGAGACUUCUCCUUUUCCUUGGAAUCAAUGAUAUGUUUUCAACUUGUUGCAUAUGAACUGAAAAAAGCAUGAUUUGGUCA